GUCCACAUUUUGCCAUUUACUUGCGCUUGCGCAGUCCUGCGAGUCUGACCUUCAUCGAAGUAAUCAUGUUCGCCAGGACCAGCGCGUUGGUGUUCCUCCCACAAUGUGGGCAGGUCAGGAACAUGGCUACUUUGAAGGACAUCACCAUCCGGUUGAAGUCCAUCAAGAACAUCCAAAAGAUCACCAAGUCCAUGAAGAUGGUGGCAGCUGCUAAGUAUGCCCGCGCUGAGAGGCAGCUGAAGCCCGCCCGCGUCUAUGGAAAUGGUGCUGUGGCCCUGUACGAGAAGGCUGAGAUCAAGGCCCCAGAGGGAACGGCCAACAAGCACCUCCUGAUCGGUGUGUCGUCUGACCGUGGUCUCUGUGGCGCCGUCCAUUCCAACGUGGCCAAGGCCAUCAAGGCCAAGAUCGCCAACCUCACUGGCGAGGGCAAGGAGGUGAUGGUGGUCAAUGUGGGGGACAAGCUGAGGAACAUCCUGCAGAGGACACAUGGCAAUUACCUGCUGCUCAGCUGCAAGGAGGUGGGCCGCAAGCCCCCCACCUUUACAGACGCUUCCAUCGUCGCCACAGAGCUGCUCAACAUGGGCUACGAGUUUGACCAGGGUGCCGUCAUCUACAACAGAUUCAAGUCUGUGAUCUCCUACAAGACUGACGAGAAGCCCAUCUUCUCCAUUGAUACUGUUGCUAAUUCAGAGAACAUGGGCAUCUAUGAUGACAUUGAUGCCGACGUCCUGAGGAACUACCAGGAGUUUUCCCUGGUCAACAUCAUCUACUUUGGUAUGAAGGAGUCCACAACCAGCGAGCAGAGUGCCAGGAUGACCGCUAUGGACAGUGCCAGCAAGAACGCCUCUGAGAUGAUUGACAAGCUGACCCUCACCUUCAACCGUACCAGGCAGGCUGUCAUCACCAAGGAGCUCAUUGAGAUCAUCUCUGGAGCUGCUGCCCUAUAAAUGGAAAGAUCAUCCUGCCAGCCAUCGCCAAUUGUUUUGCUAUACAUGCUUCUAAGUACUUCAAAUGGCUGUUGAGAGUUUAUGAACAUUUGUGCUUCUAUUUGUAAAAUAUAUGGAAAAAAUAAACCUCUUACAGAGAAACGUGUUCCUUUCUAAUGUCCUACUAGCUCAACUCACAAUAAAUCCUACUUGUGACCAUGAAA